AUGGAGACCGGCAGGCAAACAGGUGUGUCUGCUGAGAUGCUCGCCAUGCCCCGAGGUGUGAAGGGCAGCAAGAAGGAUGGAAUCCCUGAGGACCUAGAUGGGAACUCGGAAGAACCCAGGGAUCAGGAAGGUGAGCUCAGGAGUGAGGAUGUCAUGGACCUCCCAGAAGGUGACAAUGAGGCCUCAGCCUCAGCUCCUCCUGCAGCCAAAAGACGGAAAACACAUACGAAAGGCAAGAAGGAGAGGAAGCCCACCGUGGAUGCAGAGGAGGCUCAGAGGAUGACAACCCUGCUGUCUGCCAUGUCUGAGGAGCAGCUGUCCCGCUACGAAGUGUGUCGCCGGUCAGCUUUCCCGAGAGCACGCAUUGCGGGUCUGAUGCGGGCUAUCACUGGCAGUUCGGUGUCUGAGAACGCGGCCAUUGCCAUGGCUGGAAUAGCCAAGGUCUUUGUCGGAGAGGUGGUGGAAGAGGCCCUGGACGUGUGUGAGAUGUGGGGAGAGACGACCCCGCUGCAGCCCAAGCAUUUAAGGGAGGCCGUUCGCAGGUUAAAGCCCAAGGGCCUCUUCCCCAACAGCAACUGCAAAAGAAUCAUGUUCUAG